CAGUCUGGUUUGGUCUUCGGUUCGCGGCGGUUCUUCUCCUGGCUUUUGGGAGUUCGACGGAAGUGGUUCUCGGUUGUUCUCGGUAGUGAUGGUGGUGGAAAUGGUGUCAGUGUGUUAGUUUGUUAUAACUAGAGAAGGGGAGAUGGAUGGUAGGGCAAACAAACAACAAGAAAAGGAAGAAGAACAGCAACAACAACAGGAGCAGCAGCAGCAGCCGUCGAGGCAGAUCCAGCAAGGAUAACGCACACAUAAUGGAAAACGCUUAAUUUUCCGUCGAUAUUUGGUCUGGGGGAAAAAAGUGGUUGGAAAAGUGAAGUUUGUCUCCCUGGAAGUGGUGGUAUUUGUGUGUGGGUGUGUGGGCAGUACAGGAAUGUAAAGUUUCCAGGAAUUUGAAGAAGGUGAUUUCGCUGGGUCUUACCGAUAAAGAGCAAGUCAUGUGGAGAAGAUCCUAGAAGAGAGAUACUACUCAAACAAGCAAGCAAUACACACAGUGUUGGUGUUCUUUCGGAUGGUUUUCCGACCAGUUCUUGAGUUGUUAUGAUUUUCACUUCACUCCAUCGCUAUUCGUGUUACUCCUUUCCGAAGGCCAAGGCUCUCCAGCGACCUACAGCACUAGUUCGGCACUAGUUUAGUGAGUAAAUUCCGGAGCUUGGUGAUGCCGUAAGAGGCCGCAGAGUGUUUCCCGUGUCAGCUGAAUGUCCUGUCGGGGCCAAGUGUUGUGUUUAUAGAAGCCGUCCGUGGGCAACUCAUUGUCGCACGCGAAGUUGCAGUGAAUUCCACAAAGUGCAAAGUUUUGUGUCAACCCCCCGCUCCCCCUAACAAGGAUACCAAUCUUUGGUCUCUGUCCAAACAGGCCGAUCGCAGUACGCCAUGGUGUCGUCGACGCCGCGAUUGCAGCUCAGUGUGAAUAAUUUACGCAAAUUGAGGAAAAUAUGGAUACAAAUUUUCCUCCUCGUGCUGAUGCUGAAUGCGCAUGUGCUCGGUGUGACAUCUCAGCAGCAGCAGCUGCAAAAAGAGCUUCAGCAGCAGCAAACGCCGACCAAUUUGCCAUCGCCACAGAAACGAGGCGGUAACACCGACUCGAGCAAGGACCACUGCAAUAAAACGGUCGACAUCUACGAGGAUGUGGCCUCGCCCGAGGUGACCAAUCUCAACCGUAACAGACCGCUGACGUGCUGGUACCGGUUCCGGAGCUUCCGCGGCGCGCCCCGUGACUGGGUGCUGCGGUUGAACUUUAAAAAGUUCAAAGUGGGCACGCUGCUCAACGCAACACACUGCGACGGGGGCUAUCUGCAGAUUGUGGACGGCAAUGCCAAAACCGACGUGUCGAACCGCCGUGAGCCGGGCCAGUUUUGCGGCGAGUCCGAACAACCGCAAACAUUCAUCAGCGAAACAAGUGCCGUCAAAAUCGUCUUUCACACCGAUAAUUUCACCGAUCAGACAUACUUUGCCUUCGACUCCCGGGCGGAACAACAGAUGGAAGUGUUCAAUCGAUACGGUCCCCACCCGGAGCUUUAUCCGAACCGGCGCGGCGAGGUGGUGCAAGGGUCGUACUGUGAGCGCGAGUUCCGCGACUGCCGGCUGCAAACGUGUUACGUCCAGUCGCCGGCCUACCCGGGAAUCUACCCGCGGGCGCUCAAGUGCCGGUACCGGCUCCACACCCGGCUGCCCUUCAUCAAGCUGUACAUCCAGAACGAGCAGUUUGCCGUCGACGGUCAGAGGUGUGAAAACAUCAUGACAUGCCCGAUGAAGGAGAUUGGCUCCGGCUCGGAUCACUGUCCGUACGACUGGCUGGCCGUGUACGAUGGCCGCGACGAGCACGCGCCACCGAUCGGCAAAUUCUGCGGCAUGGGAAAGUUUCCCUUCAGCAUCAUCGGAACGUCCCAGCACAUGUACGUGGAGUUUGUGUCGUCCCCGGCGGGUCCACUCCUCAACACCGGGUUCCACUUUAACGUCGGAAACUGGCCCGGGCACGUGGAAACCGUGGGAACGAAGCACGGGGCCUGUGAUUGGCUGCUUAGCUCGGAUGCGUUGAAGGCCACAAGUGCGUCCGAAGGAAUCUUCCUCAGCGUGGCGCAUUGGUACCCACCGAACACCUCCUGCAGCUAUCACAUCCAGGGCAAUGAGGGCGAAAUUGUGCGGCUGUACUUUCCGAGCUUCCGCAUCAACCGCAUCGAAGCGCCCAUCAUCCGGCACGAGGAGGACUGCGCGGAAUCGCUGACGAUCUACGACGCGAACCACCCGGAUCCGGCCCGCAUCAUCAAGACGUUCUGCGACACCUUUUCCCGCCCGAUGGAGAAGAUCGACUUUGUCAGCACGGGCAGGUCGUUGUACGUCAAGUUUUUGAGCAAGACGGGGUCGUACAGUGGGAGUUCGUUGUACUAUUGGGCGCACUAUGACUUCUUUAACAAUUCGAGGUACGGAGAUGUGGUGCAGAACACGCUGUGCGACGAGGUGUUUUACGCGUGGAAGUACAGCAAGGGUCAGCUGGGAUCGCCGAGGAACACGUUGAUUUAUAAGCGGGCAAGUGGGAGCGAUGUACGGUGUCAGUACAAGUUUGUGACGGAUCGGAGGUUGUUCUCGAGGGUUGUGGUUGAGGUUACGUCGGUGACGUUUAAGGAGGUUCCGUACUCGAUGAACGCUUGUACGCGGUGUCACGAGGAACGGGUUGACAAGUUGAUAUUGUGGGAGGAGAAGGACAAGAAUCAGAACAGGUUGGCGUGCUUCUGCGAUAACAUUCCGAGGCCGGUGAGGGUGAUUUCUUCCGGGGAUCAGAUGAAUUUGGAGUUGAUUAUUCAGGGGCAGCACGCGACUACGAGCUACUUUAAGAAUCCGCACACGUUGUUCGAGGCGAACUACGAGUUUGCCCAUGGGCCGAUUUGUGGACCGAUUUCGUUGGGACCGUCGCCGGAUGGUGAGUUGGUGUUCCCGUACAAGAACGCGCUGGGGAUUCAGUUGAACGAGAAUCGCCGGGAGAAGUGCAUCUGGGAGCUGAAGGUAGCCGCCCAGCGGGAUCUCUGGUUGCACUUGGACAAGGCUCGAUUCGCGGAUCGCAGCUGUGAACACGGUAGAAUCGAAGUCUACCUCGCAGGUCGUCUGGAACCGAGGUUCAUCAUCUGUCCGGAGAAUGUGAGUCUCGCCAGAGAUCUGCCAAUUCUAUCUGCAGCUGAACUCGGCGCCGUUGAAAACGAAAACGAACCACUGCCAGUCCUAAUCCAGUACACCGGCGACAGUGCCGUCGGCAAGAACGCCUUCAAAUUCGUCUGGACGGAGCUGUUCCAUCUGCCGCGAAACGCCGACGGGACACUCGCCACCUCGUCAAUGUUCAAAGACAGCUGCGACUUUUACUGCCCCGGCGAUCAGCACGUCUGCAUCCCCGAAUAUCUGCUGUGCAACGGCGUCCACAACUGCCCCAACGUGACCGGCCUCCGCGUCGUCGAGAGUAACAUCGACAAAAACUACGAGUACAUCGAGGAGAACUACAUCCGGACCGGCCUGUUCGACAAGGACUUCCUGCUGAACAUCCCGUACCUAACGGACGAGGCGCCCGAACUGUGCCGAACCAAGUACAUCCCGUCCAACGGGGACUUCCCGGACGUGGUCGAGUGCUUCCAGUUCCCGGUCGUGCAGAUGGUCGUGGCCGGAGUCGUGCUCGCCACGCUGAUCAUCCUCGCCUUCACCAUCUACUGCCGGCUGUACGGGCAGAAGUACUACGACUGAGGUGAUUGGACGCCCGACGGUUCUGGUACUACUCGUCCAGCAAUUUCCGUACAGACCGUCGCCGUGUAGCUGAACUGAGAAGCAGCAUUCUAGCAGCCUUGUUAAGUUUGGGGCAAAACAUCAGCAGAACAGAUAGUAAACGAGGGAGCGUUCGGUGGUUACGGAUCAAACUCUGGUUUCCUUCCACGUGUUCCAGCUGUUUGUCAAAUUGAUUUUUUAUUGCAACUCAACGGAUCCUGUGAAAUACAUGGAAUAUAAAUUAAAAACUUUUUAAUUCUAUUGCGUAGAUUGUAAAAAAACAAUUCUUACAAUAAAUCCGUAUUUUUAUAGACUCAAACGAAAAACUUGUUCGAAAAUUUUAUUUUUUUACUUUAAAUACGUUUAAAUUGCACUAUAGUUAACCACUGAACGUUCCCCUGGAGCAGCCAGUAAAAAAACGAGCAUGCCUUCAUUUUCCUCUCGUUCUCCUCGUAUAGAUUUCUUGAGUCCAGUCUAAAGUAAGAUGGAACAAUUACACACACCAACAAAAAAAAAAGCAAACACACACACAUCCACACUCCAAUUAAUGAAUUCAAAAGAUGAAACUUUAAAGUGCACUCCGAUGUAAAUCGAAACUCACACACACACACAAACUCACACGCAACAACAUAAUGUUGCUGGUUCACGACUUGAGAAAAGAGGCGUCCCUUCGUGCUGAAGCUGCUGCUCAAGUCCUCGCCCACCCCCAAAAAAUAGUACAGAGAGACUUCGAGGCAGAAGUGAGAGUUUUGCUAGCUUCGUUUCAGAAGUUUGACGCCGGCAGCAGGAUAAGAAUGGUGGCGCGAAAACAGCUCGUUUAGAAGUGGUUUGAGCAGCAGCUACAGCAGCCAACAAGGACAACUUGUCGACAAAUUACGUUUUUUAGGCAAUAGAGAUUUACCGUUAGUCAUUUUCGUUCGUAGGAUCAAAUUAAAAUCAGAGAAAAAUAGCAAAAAGCACAUACAAACUUGUGGACGACAGCAGCAACAAGAACAAGGAAAAAGUAAUUUACACAAAUGUAAACCAAAGAGAUGAAAGAUGCCACAAGUGAGGAAGGAAGAACUUGUUGACAAAUUUAUUGGUCGUUUUUUUCUCCGGACGCGUAGGUGAAAAUAGAGAAUAAAAAAAAGUUAUUUAAAUGAAAAUGAAACAAAAAAAAACAAAUUUGAACCGUACUGCACAAUUUGUAAAUAAGCAAGAAGAAGUAAAACAAAUUUAACGAGAUGAAAAUAGGACAAACCAAUUCAAU